AUGGCCAGCAAUAUUGGAGCCACGUCACACAAGCAACUUAUGGACGAUAUUGAUAAGAAAAUCCUUCUUUGUCCUAUAUGUCAAGAAAGAUUCACAUCACCAAAGAUAUUACCAUGUGUUCAUACAUUCUGUGAGAAAUGUCUGAAGUCGUGGGUUGAAAAGAAACAUGGUCAACUGACUUGUCCAUCUUGUCGAAAACCACACGCCGUUCCUCCAGGUGGUGUCAGAGCACUAAAUAACAAUCUGUUUGUAAACGAGAUGCUGGAAAUGUUCUGUAACGUCAAGAUUGGUCAAGGUGUGUUGAAGUGUGAUGUGUGUGCAUCUGCAGCCUCGUUCUGGUGCAAAGACUGCGCCGAGUUUGUUUGUCAAGAUUGCAGUGUACCACAUAAUCGUAUGCGAGUUACGAAAAACCACAAAGUGAUCACAGUAGAGGAGUACCAAGAAUUAGAGAAAUCUGAUCAGCGUCAUCUCAUCCGACCACGAUUCUGUACAAACCACCCUGACAACCAGCUGGAGUUAUUCUGUGAUUUGUGUCAAGUUACAGCUUGCAUAAAGUGUGGUAUGAUCGAUCAUAAAGGAAUCGAUCAUAAAAUGAUAUCCAUGGGAGAUGCCGUGAAUAAAUAUUCUCCUAAUUUACAUAGUCUUACAGAUAAACUGGGAAGAGCAGUGACGUCACUGAAUUCAUGUAAAGAUAAACAGGAACAAGUAAAAAAACAGCUCAAACGUAAACAAAUAUCAGUAGAACAAGAAAUAAAGCAACACGCAGCUAACAUUAUUAAACGUGUAAAACAAGAAAAGCAGAGACUUCUUGCCAAGGUGACUGAGAUAUGUGGUAAGAGAGAAAGAAUUACAGGCACAGAUGGAACACAUCGAGUUGGAUUUAGGACGAGCAGAAAGUAUGCAGUCUUACGCUACCAACUUUCUUCACCAUGGCAACCCAGCUGA